AUAAAAUCGCGCCCAACGCUGUUCCAGAGGCGUCGGACAUUAAGAGGGGCAGCGAUUUUCGAGAAGUCCUGGAUGAAUCGACAGUAGUAAGAAACCAAGCCGAUGAAUCCACGGAGCUGACGGAGAUUA